CACAGUCACCGCCAGUUACAAUCUUUUACACAUUUCCAUCUUCUUCUUGUUUGACCCACAAAGACUCGCCCAAAUCUGCCCCUAAUUAACUUCUUUUGUAGCUCCUUUUACAUUCUGUUUCAAUCAAACUCUCAAUUCUUUUUCCCUGUCUGUUGAUCACCCUGAAUUUCUUCAUAUUUUGUAUCUUCGUUUUUACACCCCCAGAAUCAAAGGAACAUGGUUGCCUCCCCCCCAACCACCAAAACAAGUCUUGGUUUUUUUUGAAUCGAGCCCUAAAACUGAAUUUUCUGGACAUUUCGUGAGGAUCUGAGCUUGACCCAACAGGUUGUUUUGAGUAUAUUUGAUCUAUCUGGAGUGGUGGGCAGGGAAGUUAGGCAAUAUGAAUUGCAUGGAGUGAGGAUGCCAGAAUUGCGAAGUGGAGCCCGGAGAUCGAAAUUCCUUGGUGAUCCUGAGCUGCCUCCUCAACUUAUUGAUCAAGUGGAGAAUUGGGAACUGCCUGCUCAAAACAGAAACAGGAGGAGAGUUGGUGGAAGAGGAAGGGUUAAUGCUGUAGGUGUAGACAAAGGACCCUCACCGGCAGUACCUCCGAGGCUAAGAGCUGCUGGUAGAGGCCGCGGUGCUAGGUUGGCUGGUUUAGACCCUGAGCAUUAUCAGGUUCUUCCUGAGACUGCACCUUUGGCUGCUGCUGAACCUGUAUUCAACCGAGCAGAGGUAGUGGCGAAUAAAGAUAUUGCAAUGGAGGGUGGGAGUGGUGACAAAAUAGUGGGAGUUGAAGAAGAAGCCACAACCCCGGUUCCUGAGAUGGUACAAGUGGGCAAUUCUCCUACAUAUAAGAUAGAAAGAAAACUGGGUAAGGGUGGUUUUGGCCAAGUUUAUGUUGGCCGACGGGUAAGCGGCGGUAGUGAUAGAAUUGGACCAGAUGCAAUUGAGGUAGCCUUGAAGUUAGAGCACGGAAACAGUAAAGGUUGCAAUUAUGGUCCACCGUAUGAGUGGCAAGUUUACAGUUCCCUAAAUGGAUGCUAUGGGAUUCCUGGGGUGCACUACAAGGGUCGCCAGGGAGACUUCUAUAUUCUGGUAAUGGAUAUGCUUGGUCCGAGUCUCUGGGACGUUUGGAAUUCUCUAGGACAAUCGAUGUCGCCAAAUAUGGUUGCCUGCAUCGCAGUGGAGGCAAUAUCUAUUCUCGAAAAGCUUCAUUUAAAGGGGUUUGUGCAUGGAGAUGUGAAGCCUGAAAACUUUUUACUGGGUCAGCCUGGAUCAGCCGAUGAGAAGAAGCUAUAUCUUAUUGAUCUUGGUUUAGCCUCUAGGUGGAAAGAUUCACACUCUGAUAAACAUGUUGAUUAUGAUCAGAGGCCUGAUGUAUUCAGGGGAACAGUUAGGUAUGCUAGUGUACAUGCUCAUUUAGGACGGACAGGAAGUCGAAGGGAUGACCUCGAGUCCUUGGCAUACACAUUGAUAUUUCUGAUAAAAGGGCGAUUACUGUGGCAGGGUUAUCAGGGAGAUAACAAGAGUUUUAUGGUUUGCAAGAAAAAGAUGGGCACAUCGCCGGAGUUGAUGUGUUGCUUUUGUCCGGCCCCAUUUAAGCAGUUUCUUGAAGCUGUUAUAAAUUUAAAGUUCGACGAGGAGCCCAAUUAUGCCAAGCUCAUAUCCUUCUUUGAAAGCCUAAUUGAACCAUGCAUAGCAUUGAGACCAAUUAGAAUUGAUGGAGCCCUUAAGGUUGGGCAAAAGCGGGGAAGGCUAGUUAUUAACUUGGAAGAAGAUGAGCAACCUAAGAAAAAAGUACGACUCGGUAGUCCUGCUACUCAGUGGAUUUCUGUUUACAAUGGACGGCGUCCUAUGAAGCAGAGAUAUCACUACAAUGUAGCAGAUUCGAGGUUGCGUCAGCAUGUGGAUAAGGGAAAUGAAGAUGGAUUGUUUAUUAGUUGUGUGGCUUCAGCAGCCAAUCUCUGGGCCCUGAUCAUGGAUGCGGGAACAGGUUUCUCUUCCCAGGUUUAUGAAUUGUCAACAGUCUUUCUGCACAAGGAUUGGAUUAUGGAGCAGUGGGAAAAGAAUUACUAUAUUACUUCAAUAGCUGGAGCAAAUAAUGGGGGUUCCUUGGUUGUUAUGUCGAAAGGAACUCCUUACACUCAACAGUCGUACAAAGUAAGUGAAUCUUUUCCCUUCAAAUGGAUAAAUAAGAAGUGGAAAGAGGGCUUUCAUGUAACAUCGAUGACAACUUCCGGGAAUCGGUGGGGUGUGGUUAUGUCGAGGAAUGCUGGGUUCUCCGAUCAGGUUGUGGAACUCGACUUUUUGUAUCCAAGCGAAGGAAUACAUCGGCGGUGGGAGAGUGGUUACCGGAUAACAUCAAUGGCUGCAACCGUAGAUCAAGCUGCCUUCAUACUAAGUGUUCCAAAACGAAAAACGAUGGAUGAAACCCAGGAAACUCUUCGCACAUCCGCCUUUCCUAGCACCCAUGUUAAGGAAAAAUGGGCAAAAAAUCUCUACAUUGCAUCGAUUUGUUACGGGCGGACGGUCUGCUAAUUCUGGAGUGUACACCUUGACGGUCCGAGAUGAAGAGAGAAUGCUCAAAAACUGAAGCUGUUGAGGUAUUUUUGGUCUUUACUAUUGGUGGGGUUUGUUCUGCUAUAUAAUCUUCUCAGAUGUGAAUGUAGAAGGUUGGGAGGGGGGAAAGAGAAGAAAGUUAAUACAAUUUGAGGACCUCAGAAAGUUAUGGCAGCUGUUUGUUGAAUCAUAUGAUACCCUGAAUUCAGCAAGUAAAUUGCAAUGUUUAUUCUUAA